GUAAUACUCAUGUGUUCUCCCACCAAGUGUUUUUCAGAAAAUGUCAUGCACCUUGAACAAUUGAGAUUCACUCGUCCUUGGUCUUUCUAGGUGGACCAGAAUGGGUCCAGUACUUCAACAUUAGCUGUAAUGGACUUUUACUAUUUGAAGGGAAGUAAUUAUACUCCUCUUGACUCUCCAGGCUUGCGAAUUCUUGGUGUUACAGUCAUGGGCAUGAUAACAAUCAGUGUUGGGUUGGCUGUGGGGCUUGUAGUGUUCCGCAAGUGGAGGGAAAGGACUUGGGGUUGGUGUACCUGCUCUACAGAUAUGACUGGCAAGGUGGUGGUAGUGACGGGCGGCAACAGCGGCAUUGGCAAGGAGACGGCUCGUGGGCUUGCGGCCCGGGGCGCGAUCGUUGUUAUGGGCUGCAGAGACGCACGCAAGGCUCAGGAGGCCAUCGCUGACAUUAGGAAGACGGUCAGCACCGGAGACCUGGUGUUUCUGGAGCUGGACUUGUCUAGUGUGGACAGCAUCCGCGUGUUCGUGUCCCGCCUGUUGACGAAGUUCAAGCGCGUUGACGUGCUUAUCAACAACGCUGGCGUCUACUACCCGCCUCAGGACCCUCCUGUGACCACCACGGAGGGCUUGGAGAUCCAUUUUGCGGUGAACCACUUGGGCCAUUUCCUCCUAACUCAUCUCCUGACGGACGUCCUCGUCGCCACGCCCCAGUCCCGGAUUGUGGUGGUGUCAUCAGAGCUGUAUAAAUCUGGCCACCUGGAUGUGGACGAUUUGUUCAAGAGCGCAAGAGACGGCCGCUCAUCCUCCCGUCAGCCGCUCUACAACAACUCCAAGCUAGCCAAUCUGCUGCAUGCCAGGCAGCUUCACAAAAACCUGUCAGGUCGGGGCGUGCUGGUGUGUGCGCUCUCGCCAGGCUUCGUUUACACGGGGCUGUUCCGACACGCGCUGCGGCAAUACUCCUGGAUCAAGAGGUUUGCCUUCCUGCCCGUCGCGUAUUUCUUCAUGAAGACCACCGCGCAGGGCGCCCAGACGAGCAUCCACUGCGCGUGCAGCAGCAAAGUUAUGGCGGCGGCCUCCAGCAGCAGCGGCCCGCCAUACUACAGCCACUGCAGGCAGGCGGCGCUGCUGCCUGUCGCCCUCAACGAUGAAGCUGCGGCCUCGCUCUGGGAAGCGUCCCUGCGGUUGCUCAGACUGUGAGCACAAUUUUACACCCAUAAUAAAAAUGAAAACCAAGACCUGGCAAAGUUCGCCACAUAUGCGUCUAGAAUACUCAGAGGUACGGCUUAAAAAGAAAUAUUCAAUGUAAAUAUAGAAACGAAUAUUCGGAAGUCGUCCAUGGCCAAAUUUAUAUAGUAAGCAACACUUAGGUGCUACGUAUAAUGUUCAUGAAACAUUUUCUGCGGAUACAAAACCGUCGAUGUUAUUCGUACCCGAGAGCUUGGUCAUGAGAGACUCCUGGUAAUGAGGGAGACUCCCGGUAAAGUAACGUUUGAAUGGACCUUUUAAUACAUCGUCGAGGAGCGAAGCAAAAAUUAUUGUUUUUGACAAUUGCACCGCCAAGAUUCGACGAUUAUCUAAAAAAAAUCUUCGCAAUCCUCCGGAAUUUGUCGGAAUAUUUAUGAGAUUUGUUUUUAAUGUCGUUAUAAGGUUAAAUUGUGGACUUACUGAGCUGGUCUUUGGUGUGGCUCCUUGACAGAGGCCACACAGUUUAGUAAGAUGUGCCAUGAGAUUCUAUAAGGUAAACCAGUUAAACUGAUAUAGCUAUUCCUAGUGUCAGUGCUGUCAUUAUCUUGACACAUUUGGGUGUUACGGGACCUUGCUGUUGUUAUCUUCACUGUGAUUCCAAUCUUAUUUGCUCAGCGAAGUUUGUCUUAAGAAACUGACACUGCAGACGAACCUCAAAUGCUCAUUUUGAUCGAGGACGAUUGUUUCUUUGCACCGACAAACAGGUAUGAAGAAAGUGAGCUCAAGGGAUGACCUGUUUGCGUACGAAGUAGGUUGACUCGCAACAUUUGAAUUUUGUCAAGUCUAAGAGCCAGGUAAGUUAUACACUUAUUUGGCUUCAAGUGCAAUUAUGAAUUAUUUUUUGUCACAGUCUUGCGUAGUCUAAUAAGUUGACUCUGAUUAAUAUGAUAAAUCAGAACAGGAAGCUAAAUGAUCUCAUUUACUAUAGAAUUGUGAAAAUAAGAAGCACAGAUUCGCAUGAUGGAUGAUAUGGUCGUGAAGGUAGCAUGCAAAAAAAGUGAAUCACGUAUCGGUUAUUCUCAAAAAAGGAGUCCAACUGGAAAUACAAUCGCAGGGGUGUCAAGCAGGCGCCAUGUAUAAAUUUCUUCUAUAUUUAGAUGAUAAAUAUCCAUACAUUCUCUAAUCGCCUGAAUAUCAAUUAUAUUGGAAGGUUUCCACACA